ACGACUUCACACAGUCCGUCUGGACCCCACACAGUCCAACUAUCCACCAUGUACUAGCGUGGACUCUUGCUCUUCUUGCCCUCCUCGCCUCACUCACCCUGCCUCUCCUCUUGAACCCGCACGGAUCGCUGGUCGACCAUGCCCUCUCCCCUUCGACCCAACGGACUCUUGCCAAACGUUCUUGCUCCCACCCCCAAUUCAUCUUUUCAUAGCCAGAAAAAGACUGGAACACCUCGCAAGACGAGUACAAAGCCUGGAAGGGACUCGAAGGUAGCUGAGCUACAGGGCACCAAGCUCAAACCUGUUAGCGGAGACUUGUUCUACUCGGCUUCUCCUUCCCGACCAGGUCGAAGCAAGAUACCUGUCGGUCAAGCCGAUUCGCCACGAGGGCCCAAACGAAGGAAAGUCUCUGGGGAUGAAGCGGAUAAGGAGAACAAACAUCAUGACCGGUCGGUAGGGAAGGGCAAGUCUCCCUGGAUCCCUACGGCUUUCCAUCGAGCUCCUGGUCAUGGUCUCCUCCCAUCCUCGACUUCUCGUCCUUCUCCGUCCCGGGGAGCGACAAACGUGCGAGUCAAGCAAGAAUCAGCUGUGCAUGACAGCGUUGGGACGAGUGUGGGCGAUGGAGGGCGUGGGGAGGAGGACGAUUUCAUGAAACACCUCUUGGCGGACAUAGACCUCGAUCCUACCGGUAGAGGUGGUAGUGUAGCUGGAUCGGAUUCAGGUUCAGGAUCGGGGUCGCCGGGAAAGAGGAAACGUCCCGAGACCAUUAUCGGAGACGAAGCAGAAGUUGAGGACGAGUAUGGGGAUGAGGGUUGGGAUUGGGAAGGGUUGGUCGGACCGGAUGCGGGGACGGUGGAAGGUAAUCAGGGCGGGGAGGAGAGUUUGGAUGUCGCGGAGAGGGUCCUGGACAGCGUUACAGCCGGGGUAAAACGGGAGCUACCUGUCGUCAAGGUUGAAUACGAAUCGCCCGUUCUUCCAGGACUUUUGCCCGAACAGGAGGAGAAAGAAGAAGAAAUGAAAUCCGAAGCUGGCCCUGCGAAAGUUGAGGACGACGACCUGGACGAUUUCUUUCCUUUCGACAUUCCCCUCUCACAGGAAUCCUUCCUGGAUUCUCCUGGUCCUCCUCUACCCCUUCCUAAAUAUCCUGUCCUUCACCCGCUCGUGCACCCUCCCCGUGCUCCGAUCACCACUACCGAACCUAGGAUCCAAUCGACCAACGGCGCAACAACUCCGGCAUGGCAACCGACCCCCUGGGCAAGAUGUUCAGUCACUUCAAUCCUAGAUCCCGAGGAUACCGAGUCUCGCUGGGGUUGGGGAGAAAAGGCGUUGCUCCUGACGGAUGUCAAGACGGGUAGACGGUACAAGGUCAAGCUGAGGGAAGAAGCUGGGGAGAUGUUGGUUCUCGUCGGGGAUAUCGCGAAUAUCAUCUCUCCGCUGGUAGAGAAUUCUGCCCCUAUCAGAACGCCUGUCAAGAAAGGCAAAUUCGGGCAGGGGGCUGCCAAGCUGCAUCCCAGUUUGCCGGUCAACCCGGCUUUAACCCGGGCAGGGGGAGCGAUAUCAACAUCGACAUCAAUUACACUGCAGCCGAAAGAUGAAACGGCCGCUGGCGAGGAAGCGCAAGUCCCGCCCAUCGAGAUCAUUAUCUCGCACAAAUACCCGGAGAACUAUUUCAUCCAUCAUCCCGAUUUCUUGCUACCAAUGACGAGCCUCGUCGGCGCGCUGGGCUGUCGUAGGAAACCGCUCGUUCAGAGUUUGUUGAAGAGUGGAGCUCACAACGCUACGACGAAGCCGCUCUUGUACGGAAACGUCCUCCACGAGCUGCUCCAAGAAUGCCUCCAAACGCAGGAUUUUGAUCCUGCCAGCAUGAAACGGAUAUUGGAACAAAUCUUGCUAAGACCUCAGAUGCAGCUGGACAUGUGGGCCGCCGAGCUGAGUAUGGAAGACGUCCGGGUCGAAGUCUGGGAAAAGGUCGAUACUGGGCUCUUAAACUUUGGGGAGAGGUGGGUCGGACAGGAUCCGACGGAUGAUGCGUUGCUGCACAAUUCGAUGUCCAAGUUGGCAGUGUCUGGCUUACACGAUAUCGAAGAGUCAAUCUGGUCCCCGAAAUGGGGGAUGAAGGGAAAAGUCGAUGCUUCGGUUCAUGCCAAAGUGGUAGUUGGUAACAAGCCUGAGAACAAGAACUCCAAGCCCGCACGGGAAGAACCGGUCGAGGGUGAUGAGGACGAUCGACCGAUGCCGUUCGAGAUCAAGACGGGCCGCGCUAUCGGGGUCAUGGAGCAUCGGGCACAGACCAUGCUCUAUACCCUCUUGAUGGAGGAGCGAUAUCGCAUCAAGAUCGACUCGGGUCUGCUUUACUAUACCGAAACGGACACUAUGCUGGAGGUAAAGGCCGCAAAACCGGAGAUCAGAUCUCUGCUUGCCGCUCGUAACGAGCUGGCCGGUUACCUCGCUCGCAAACGGGUCGUACAGGAGACGCGACGAGCUCGUGCUAGCCAGUCUCUGGCCGGUCUUGGCACGCAGAAAACUCAGACAUUACCCAGGCAAUCGCAGCGAGCGAUCAACACGCAGGAAGGUAUGGUACCCUCAGGAAUCCCUCUGGACAUGGAGGACAUCGGUAUCUUGCCUCCGACAGUUGAGAAUGCACGAGAUUGUCGGAAUUGUUAUGCAAGUGACGGUUGUAUGCUGUACCGAAAGACGGUCGAAGCCGUCCCGGUCGAUCCCGAAGACCCCUUGGCCGAGAUCUACGAGCGUAAAGCAGGUCAUCUCAACGAAGCGGAUGUAGAGUUCUUCACCAAAUGGGAGCAUCUUAUCACGCUUGAAGAACAAGAUAUUGUGCAACACAAGAACCAGACGUGGACGAUGACAGCCGCAGAGCGAGAACGGUCCGGACGGUGCUUCGCCGACAUGGCUAUCCGGGAGCAUAUCGAUCAAUCAGAAACCACGUUGUCCAAAAUCGCACGUCACAUCUACACCUUUGUGCGUGACGAACAUAGCACGAUCACAGGCAGGGGCAGCUUCUUGAAUGGCCAUAUCGGCAAGAACGAUCCGGUAUCACUCUCCAUCGAAUCGGAUCUCAUCUCGAUCGCUGUGGGUUUCGUCGUGGACUUGACGCCUACCGAAGUCAAGAUCGGUACGAAUCAAAAGUUGGACGUCGAAGCCCUCCUCGAGCGCACGGGACGGCUCGAUCGCCACGGAAGGGACUACCAGCCGAUAUUCCGUAUCGACAAGGACGAAAUGCUGAGUGGCGCAGCACGUAUGCGGAACAACCUGGCCCAGCUGUUUUAUUCAGACGAAUCUGGCGGCGACGCAAAGCGACGCGAUCUGGUCGUUCAGCUGCAAGAGCCUAGGUUCGAGAACGUCUGGGCUCCCGACGCAGAAGAGAUACCCGACCAUCUCAAUGCCGACCAGAAGAACGCCAUGACGAAAGUGCUCACCGCGAAAGACUACGCGUGCAUAUUGGGCAUGCCAGGAACAGGAAAGACGACGACGAUCGCCGAAAUCAUCCUUGCACUGGUUAAUAGAGGGAAAAGCGUACUCUUGACAAGCUAUACGCAUUCAGCAGUAGACACAAUCUUGACCAAGCUAGUCAAUUCGGAUCAUAAAAUCUUGCGCUUAGGAAACGUCGAAAAGGUCCACCCAGACGUCCGACAUCUGACACUGGAAGCUUUCGCCGAUCCUUCCUCCCUGUCUCAACUAGAAGACACGCUCAUGAGCCCCCAAAUCGUUGCUACAACUUGUCUCUCUAUCGACCAGUGAGUUGGCAACUGAGCUCAAGCAUACGGAUGGCAUCGACUUGCUUAUCCACAAGCAUUUCAUAGCCCACUGUUCAUUCGCCGCCGUUUCGAUUAUUGCAUCGUCGACGAGGCUUCCCAGAUUACCUUGCCCACAUGUCUGGGACCCUUGCGGUUCGCGGAUACGUUUGUCCUGGUAGGGGAUCAUUU